GGAUCAGAUACUGCUGAAUCUGCUGAUUGAUCGGUGAUUGGAGCUGGUGAUGCAGUGGCUGUAAGGUAGCUGCUGCUGAUGAUGAAGAUGGUGAUGAAGGCAGUGCUCCUGGGCUGCGUAUGGGUGAGUGUGUGGCCCACUUGGUGUGUGUGUUUUUCACGUGGGGCAAAUUCGGCUUCCUGUGUGGACAUGAAACCUGGACACAUCAGCGCUCAAUCACAGCACACACACAUACAGUCUGCUGUGACUGUACACACCAGCCGGACUGUCUACCUCCCACAACAGACACUCAUGGUGAGUGUGCGCAGUUCUCGGGCGUUUAUGGGUUUGCUGCUGCAGGCGCGCUCCGUGCCGGACGACCGCGUGGUCGGGGGAGAGUUCACACUGAAUCCUCCGGGAACACACACACUCUCCUGCAUCUCCACUGCUGACACCAUCACACACUCCGACAAACUGCUGAAGAGAAACCUCUCAUUCACCUGGAGAGCCCCGGCCCAGCCCAGCGGAGACAUGAGAUUCUAUAUCACAGUAGUCCACUCUUAUUUCGUCUACUGGUCUCGGAUCCGGUCAGCCGUUGUGCAUGAUGGGACUCGUAGGAGUCCAGGUUAUGAUGCUGGCCUGCAUACUAGGAUCAUCUCAGCAUCUCUGCUGAAACCAGUAGACACACAAACUCACACCUCUUCAGAUCUACACUCACUGAAUAGUGCACACUCCUCAGCCAUCUACACAAAUAAAAGCUCCCCAAACACUUUAUCACCCCAGCACACACACACAACACUGCUGAGCACCACUCAUUCACAGCCUGAUAUAGAAAAACAUUCUGAAGUGACUAGUUCAGAGAUUCUACUGAAACGCACCCAAACACACGCUGGGCUGUUCAAACACUUUCACACACGCCCACACCCACACACAGUCACAGAAAAACACAUUAGGGCUCCACCCACCCCAACACACACUGAACUACAAGCACACAUUCACAAACACACAUCAAGACCACUACAGACACACGAGUACCAAACAACACCAAGCACAAACACACAAGGCAUGACUUCCCACACACACAGGUCGCUUUCAGGGAGCCCGCACACUCAUACAACACACACACAGCAAAACAGUGUGACUGCAGCAAGGCCUCACACACUAACGUCUCCUCUCACAACAUACACACAUGUGGUCACUACGCUGACCGCUCACACUCCAACAACACACACACACCAUGUACCUGCAUCUUCACCACACCCCGUAGCACACCUUUCCCCUCAUAGACAAGUCGUCACUGUUCCCUCUGCACACACACAAGACUCAAAUUUACAUUCAUCCACUGCAACUCCGUCCACAACCUCAACCUUAAAUGCCCCUUCAGUGCCAAUCUCAACUACAUCAUCAAUCUCAACUUCAAUCCCAAAUUCAUUCACAACCUUAACCCCAGCGUCAGUCUUAAUCCCUACCUCAACCCCAGCCUCGACCUUAAUCCCAACCUCAAACCCAGCCUCAGUCUUAAUCCCAACCUCAAACCCAGCCUCAGUCUUAAUCCCAACCUCAAACCCAGCUUCAAACUUAAUCCCCACCUCAAACCCAGCCUCAAUCUUAAUCCCAACCUCAAACCCAGCCUCAACACCAACCCUAGCCUCGAUCUUAAUCCCAUCCUCAACUCCAGCCUCAAUCUUAAUCCCAACCUCAAACCCAGCCUCAACACCAACCCUAGCCUCGAUCUUAAUCCCAUCCUCAACUCCAGCCUCAAUCUUAAUCCCAACCUCAACCCCAGCCUCAAUCUUAAUCCCAACCCCAAACCCAGCUUCAACACCAACCCCAGCCUCGAUCUUAAUCCCAUCCUCAACUCCAGCCUCAAUCUUAAUCCCGACCUCAAACAUCCCCUCAGUGCCAACUGUCACACCAACCUCAAUCUUCACCCCAACUCAAACCUUAAAUCCAACCACAAACCUAACCACUAUCCCGAUAAGAACUCUAACCUCAAAUUCCAUCCUAGUGCCUAUCCCAACGUCUAUUUCCCCAACGCCACCAAUAAUCUCAGUUCUAACCCCAACCUUAAUCCCAAACUCAUCUCUAAUACCAAUCCCAAUAUCAUCUUCAAUCCCAACUACAAACUCAAUUUCAAACCGAAUGCCAACCAAAACCUCAAUCCUAACCCUAGCCGAAACUGCAACCUCAACCCCAACUUCAAUUCCAUAUUUAACUUUAAUCCCAACCCCAUCCUCAAUCGCAAUUCCAACCACAACCCAAACCCUAAAAUCAAUUCCGACACACAUGCUCACUCUUAUCCCAUUACACACCUCUACUCUUCCUUCAUCCCCACAUCCUGACCCAUCUCCAGCCCUCCAGCGCUCUCUCUCCAACCCCUUCCCACCCAGGGAAUCUCAGGAUGAAUCUGACUCUCACACCCAGAGAGAAGAGGGUUCCUCUGAGCCCAAACCCCCUCAGAGGCCCAGGGGACAGCCUAGAGCUCCAGAUGGUAAGGUGGAGAAGCCGGAGCUGGUGCCCAGGCAGAAUGCUUCAGAUCUUGGCUUGCUGCUGGUGGGCCUGUCUGCUGGUCUGGGAAUGGCUGUGGCGGUGGGCUUGAGGUACCUGCAAAGGAAACACUGCCGCAGACACACAGCCAUGUCACUGGGUGACCAGAGCCACGGCAACAGAGGUGUACUUCAUGUGCAGGAGUGUGGAGACCUGGUGCAGGUGCGCAGGAUCAGAGAGAACAGCUUCUUACUGCUGCAGGCUGAGUAUAACCUCAUCCCUGCGCCAGGGAGCUAGGACACACACACACACACACACACACACGAUUUUGUAAGUCUAAAUAAGUGAACACGUCCUCUAUAGACAACACACUAAUGCACUCGGAUGCACGUUUGCAAAAAACAUAGUGUGGCUUGAGCCAAAGUUAUGGCACCUUUUUCAUUAUA